AUUGGUGCAUAGACACCAUGAGUUUCCCUCAACUUGUAGGAUCUAUAGUGUAUCUCUCAGAUAUGGAAUCAUAUUCAGAAAAAUCUCUAGUUUUUGUAGAAAAUUUAGCAAAUUCUACAUUUACUUUUGCACGAUCCUCAAGGCUACUAAAAUAUCUCUUCAGAUACUUCAUUCUCUCUCUAGUUAGUUCCACAUCUUGAUGCGGAGCCACUCGAUUAGGGUCUUGUGUAAACCAUUCUUCACUAUAGUAUCUACAUAUAAGUUAAAAAUAAUGUUAAACUCAAAAAAUAUAAACUAUAAGCUUAGAACAAGGAUAAAAAGAUGUUAACUAAAUACCUUGGAUUCAAAGUAUGUGCUAAACAAUGAAGUGGAGUACUAUUUUUGUUUCAACGAUCAAUGAGAAUGUUAUACACCACAUCAUAGAAAGAAGAGAAUUCACUUGGUCGCAACCCUUUGUGUUUAUUUUUCGAUGCCUUCACCUUCUCAAUCAUUAUAUCCCACAUGUCAUACACCAAAUGUAAACAAGUCGUGUCUGUAUCACAAGCUCUAAUCAUGUCGUAUAUAGGUGAAGGGAAUGACAAAACAUAAUUAAUUUUGUGCCACCAUAUGUCAUCGAGCACCAACUCCUUUACAUGCCUCGCCUUCACCACGUCAUCUUCUCUAUAACUUGCCAUCACUUAUGACCAUAGCUUGUAAGCUGCCUUUAAUAUGCUUAAACCUCUUAAGCAUAAUGAUAACAUAUGCAAAACGUGUUUCAGCUACUGAAAACAAUUUAAGAGGCACAAAUUCAUUAAACAUAGCGAGCCUCAUGGAAUGAUUCAUGAUAAAUUUUUUAAUUUUUUCAUACCAUGACGUCCCAGCAAUAUAAAAAAUCCAAUUGCACUAUCCAUAAACAAUUUGAUUAUUUUCAACAUUCUUGGCAACACAUGUUUUCAAGGAAGAUUUAGCAUAUGAACUACGCAUGUUGUCCAUACAAUCAUCGUAAAUUGUGUUUUGAUAAUUUUUCCUAUACCUUUGCAAUUGGGAGCAUUAUCUGUUAUCACUUGAACAACAUUCUCAUAACCAACUUUAUUAAUCACUUCCUUCAUCAGAUUGCAAUGUAGUACUUAUCCUUGAUCUCACCGGAACAAUCUAUUGACCUUAGAAACAUUGGUUUGCCAUUAGAAAUGACCAUGAAGUUAAUCAAUGAUCUUCUUUGGGAGUCACUCCAUCCAUCGCUCACAAUACUUGCUCCCUUUUUCCGCCUUUACCUUUAAUAGGUAUCAAUAAUCUUUCAAUAUUUGCCUUCUCUCUUUGGAGCAGACUAGUCCUCAGUAUUAUAUCUGGGAGGCACAUAUCCCAACAACAAAUUGUUUGCAGCAUAAAAGACACCUAUAAAAUGUGGAUUUCUUGCUAAAUGAAACGAUAAGCCCGCAGAAUAAAAUAUUUGAGUAAUAAGUACAUCUAAUUGGUCUCGUGAUGUCUUGUUGAAUGACUUUUCUAGUGCACUUUUAUUGCCCUUUCUUUUCUUGUUAUCUAAGUCAAAGCUACUCAUGGGAGAAGGACCCACAUUCACUCCGCCAAUUGAUAUGAUUAAAAGUGAUCUCAGUGGCAAAAGAACAUUUUUAGGAGCUUUCCUUUCCAUUCGAUUUUUUGCCCCAUCCUCUAAUUUUUGCAUAUCAGCUAUAUCUUUUUAGAGUGAUGUUUGCUUUCUUUAAUUCUUGAUCUUGUUUAUAAUGAUGAAGCAGGAAUGAUUGUGAUACUGAUGGUAAAUGAUGAAGAUAUUUAAUCUAUCUCUUGGUAUGCAAAAGAUGCUAUACAUUGGAUUGAUGAUAUGCAUGCACACCUUACUAAUGCAUACAAGUCUUCAUAAGCUAGACCUAAGUAUAAAUCUAGCCUAAGUGUCUUGGUAAGCCCAGGGUGGAACGCGAGGACUCUAGAGUAUACUAACGCAGAGUUGGCCUUUGAAUCUAUUGCAAAGGUUUCCUUAUUACUUGAUAGGUGUUGGAUAUUUACACUAACUAUUGGCGACAUGCAAGAGGAUAUAGGAAUUCAAAGAGGAAAAAGGGUUCGUGGAUGAAUGACUCAAGCAUUAAUGAUUUCCAAGAGUUCCUAGAAAUGGCUAUCUCAGAGGAUUCGAUAAUCAAUUCCAAAAUCUCUCCUCCAAAUUCAUAUGGAACUGUGGUUCUUGGUGGUACUUUUGACCGAUUACACGAUGGUCACCGUCUUUUUCUCAAGGCUGCAGCAGAGCUGGCAAGGGAUCGGAUUCUGAUUGGAGUUUGUGAUGGUCCUAUGCUGAGUAAAAAAAAGUUCCCGGAACUCAUACAACCUAUUGAGGAAAGAAUGCAAAAUGUCGUAAAUUAUAUCAAGUCUGUGAAGCCUGCGCUGUUAAUAAACGUUGAACCUAUCGUGGAUCCAUAUGGUCCAUCCAUUGUUGAUGAAACAUUGGAAGCAAUUAUUGUCAGCAACGAGACAUUACCAGGUGGAAUGUCGGUCAACAAGAAGCGAGCCGAAAAUGGCCUUUCGCAACUGAAGAUUGAAGUUGUAGAUUUAGUUACUGAUGAGGCUGAUGGAGAAAAACUGAGUUCAUCAGCACUAAGAGAGCUUGAGGCAGAGAAAGCUGCCUCUGCCUUACAACAACAGACAGAGUAGAAUCACAAGCCAAACAUUGCACAUGAAGUCAACAUAUAAGUAAACCCAGGUUGACUUUGUUCAUAAGUCAAAUCAUUUGUAAGAAACCUUAACACAUUAUCAACAUGUUGAGUAGAAUAAACAUUCUCGUAACUAAGGUAAUAAAUUACCAUAUUACUGUACUUGAUUGGUACUAUAAAAGCUGGGAAAUUAGGAUAAUAUUUCUCAUUGUUUUUCUUUG